AUGGCUCCUCACUCCAAGUUCACCUCUGAGCAACUUGAAAUGAUGGAGGAGUAUCAAGAAAAAUACCUUGAGUGUCAGGCAGCAGGCGAUUACACUCCAUUCUGGGCCCCAUUUUUCGAAGACUAUCACUCCAGAUGGCCAGAGAGGGAGCAUCUCUUUCCCGAUAUCCCCCUUGACACAAAACUCACCACAGAACAGAAAGUUGCCAAUGCAAAUGUUGUAAAUACACGCAAAAAACAACUCAUACAUCGCUUCCGUAACACGUACGGGAAUUACAGUGCUAAGCGCAAGAUGAAGGCACAGACGACAAGCUCUGUCGAGAAAAUGUUAGUGUCUCAAUUGAGCCUCAAAGGAACGCGCACGUUACAGCCUGCUGAGGCCUAUUCAAAGUUAUACUACAAGACACGUAUCAAACCAGUCAUUGAUGCGGAGAUGAAGGUACUCAAGCAAGAGGCUGGUCUGAGUCCGAUGACUUCAGAUGAAGAGGGUGACAUGGGCAAUGUGAGGCAGACGUUACCUAAGAAGGUCAGACUCUCUCUUGUCAAGAAGCAUACACGUACUCUAUUUGAAAACGAGACUCCCAAGAUCAAGUCAGAGGUGGCCGAUUUCAUUAAGAAGUGGAGUGAAGACCGCAAGAGGAGUUCGAGCGAAGACAAAGACAUUUCUUUCACUGAGAAUAUCGAAAAUUUACCCAAGGUUCUAGCUGAUAUAUUUGCGGGACUGGCGAAACAAAUGGGCUGGGCGUUUUCUGUGUUGAUGGGCGGGCCUUCUCCAGGAAUGGGUGGGAAAAUUCAAAUUGAGAGUUUUCAUGUGGUGCAAACGGCAAUGGGAAACACAUUCAAUUGUGCUUACUCUGAUUGCAAUGAACACAUUAUGAAGCCAUAUGCAGAUUUGUUAAGCAGGCCUUUCGUGACUGAUGUGACAGGGAAGGGAACACCAUUCGAAGCAGGCUCUGCAAUCACAACCUUGUCUCCGAUGCCAAUUGACUCCAGCACAACAAUUAAUACAUCACUCCUUCCACCAUUGUCUCAGAUGAUACCAUUCAAUGACCAUCAGUGCGGUUCCUUCUCUGGUCUUGACAUCUCAGGACCGGAGUCAUUCUUCAAUGAUAAUGGUCCCAUUCUUCCCAUGCCAGAGGGAAAUACUCUACCCACAGCAAAGUCCAUGUCCAGCUUGGAGUUGUAUGAUUCUGCUGCUUUGGAUCGCAUGUCUGUGACUGACUUACUCAAUGAGCCAUUGGGUCCAAAUUGGCCAGAUCUGCCUUCUAACCAGGCAGUAAUAUCUAACAUUGAGCUACCUCCUCUCUUGCAACCUAACAUUGAGCAGUCACCUCCUCCCAUGCAGUCUAACGUCAAGCAGUUGCCUCCUCUUGCUCCCCCUCUCAUGCAGCCCAACGUCAAGCAGUCACCUCCUCUCAUGCAGCAGUCUAUCGAGCAGUCGCCUCCUCUCGCUCCCAAUGUCGAGCAGUCGCCUCCUCUUGCUCCUCCUCUCAUGCAGCCAAAUGUUGAGCAGUCACCUCCUCUCACUCCCCCUCUCAUGCAUCCUAACAUCAAGCAGUCGCCUCCUCUCACUCCUCCUCUCACACAGUCUGACAUUAAGUUGCCUCCUCCUCUCAUGCAGCCUAACUUUGAGCCACCUCAACCUCUCACGCAACCUGUUGAGUCCCUUGUGCUUGGACGAUCAAAGCGAGAGUGCAAGGAGUCGACUCGCAAUAACAUUGCAAACUCCAUCGGCAAUGGGAAGAUUGGGAAAGAUAAUUCAACAUCGAAGAAGCAGCAGAGGCUAGAUCUUAUGCAUGGAGCACCCGCAAGGUGA